UGUCCUUUUUCUAGUCCUCUCUCUGUCUACCCACUGCAAACCGCAGACCACUAUCUUCCCAUUUUCAACCUUUUCUCUCUCUCUCUCUCUCUCUCUCUCUAGAACACCACCAUGUUUGAAGACUCCGUGUCUUCCAUUCCUUCGAUCUGGGCUUCCAUGAACAGCUGGUUCACCCCCACCGUCCUCUUCGUCCUCCUCAACGUCGUGAUCGGCACCAUUGCCUUCACCUCUACCUUCUCUAACCAGAAACACCACCCCAAACCUCAAAACGACGACGCUCAACCCCAUACCCGCCUCACUCGCUCCCCCUCCGUCCUCCAACGCCUCAGGUCCUUCAACUUCCACACCGGCUACCCUUCACAGGACCCUCUCAACCACAUCCCAGAUUCACAUACCCAUUUUGCCCCUCAACAGAAAUACCAACAAGCCCCAGAUUCAGAUGAACAUGUUGCCCCUGAACAGAAAAUAGAACAACAAACUCAGAAGUUUUUUCAACAGACCCAUUUCGACCACAUCCCAGAUUCAGAUACCCAUUAUGCCACUGAACUGACUACACACAUCCGAAACCUCUACCAACAAAUCCCAGAUCCAGAUACCCAUUUUGCCCCUGAACAGACGAUACGAGAAACCCAGAAGUUUUUUCAGCAAACCCAUUUCGAUCCGACCGAAGAUGUGGAUACCCAUUACGCCCGAGAAGAAGCCCGUGGAGAUGAAGGGGAAGACUCGCCGUCGAUAGACGAGGUGUACAGUAAGCUGAGGGACCGUCACGUGAACCGCACGAAUUCCGACACGAAGCCGUCCGGCGGGGAGAUGCCGGAGAGGCUGGCGGCGAAGAUGCGGAAGUCGGCGAGCGCGAAGUCGGCCUUCUCCCACUUCGAGGAAAACGACGUCGUGGAGGCUCGCCGGCCGGCGACUGUGAGGGAGGGGAGCGGUAGGGCGACAGAGGAGGACGAGGAGGAGGUGGAUUCCAGGGCGGAUGAUUUCAUCAACAAGUUCAAGCAGCAGUUGAAGCUGCAGAGGCUGGACUCCAUUGUAAGGUACAAGGAUAUGCUUUCUAGAGGAGGCGGAAAGUGAAAGGUUUCGUAAUUUCAUUGGGUUGUUUCAUAGUUUUUGGUUAGUUUGGGGGGUGUUGUUUCGUUUUGCAAAAUACAGGGUAAAUGUUUGGAUUUGACUGUGGAUAUUAUCCUCCAUAUGGUGCUGAUGUUGAUGAACUCUCGCGUCAAAUAUCAAUUCUGCCCGUUGAUACGGCGAAGACGGGUGUCUUGGGAAGGGUCAUUUUGGUCAUUUUACUCCGAUCUCCUAGAGAAUAUGUUUCAAAGUGAUUCAAAUCUAGUAGUUGAAUGCUCAUAGAAGUACAUAAAUUUCCAGCUUUUUGGGCUGGGGUGGUUUUUUUCAAAUUUUUCUUUGUCUUUUAGGAUGGGAUGGAUGGGGGAGUUUUACUGUGAAUCCACUGCUCUCUUUGUAGCAGUAUUUUCGUUCAAUUUACGCCUUUUUUUUUUUCUCUUCUCUUUUUCUUUUUUCUUGCUUUCAAAAGGGACAAAGAUUCCCCCCUGUUUUUUGCUCUUUUUUCAUGUGCUGUUUUUAUUCUCUAAUCUCUUGUUAGUAGUACCAUGUUAAGGAGUAUUUGUCGGUGCAGAAAAUUUUAAUUAUGUUUUGCAA